AUGAGGAGACUGGGAUGCUGUCCUAAUCAAAUUACGUUGUCCAGUGCCUUGAGUGCUUGUGCAGGUUUUUCAACUCUUGUAUUUGGAAUGCAAAUUCACGCAAGCCUAAUAAAAUUUGGCCAGCCAGUUGACAUUAUAUUAUCAAGCACCCUUGUCGAUAUGGAUGCUAAAUGUGGGGAUAUUAGUGCUGCAGAUAGUGCUUUUGAGUCGAUACCAGAGAAGAAUUUGGGGUCGUGGAAUUCCAUCGUAGGAGGUUUUGCGGGACAUGGGCUUGGAGUGAAAGCAUUGGAGAAGUUUGAAAGUAUGAAGAAUCUGGGCACUAAGCCAGAUGAAAUUACGUUGGUGCAUGUUCUGUCUGCGUGUGCACGUGGUGGAUUAGUAGAUGAAGGUGAGAUGCACUUUGAGAAAAUGGAAAGAGAAUAUGCGGUAAAACCAGGGAUUCAGCAUUUUGCCUGUAUGGUGGAUCUUUAUGGGAGAGUAGGGCAAUUGGAGAAGGCUGUGGAAUUGAUAAGAAAAAUGCCAUUUGACCCUGAUGUUGUAAUAUGGGGAGCUUUGCUCGGAGCUUGUGGACUGCAUUCAAGUCUGGAAGUCGGGUUGUUUGCUGCAGAAGAGAUGCACAAACUGGAACAAGAUCAUCCUGCAGUUUAUUCGUUGCUUACAAAGAUUCAAGGUGAGAAGGGAAUGUGGAAUCAAGUAACAGAGCUGAAGAACAUGAUGAAACAAAGUGGUGCUAGAAAGCAAAAAGCUGGUAGCUGGAUCGAGUCACCUACUUGA